GCUUCUGGUUUCUGAAUGAGCGUCGCGCCGACCGGCCGGCCGCCGACAUGAAGUACACUGCAAUCGCGCUAGUGCUGUGCACCUGCCUGUGCGCCGCACACGGGGACCUCGUGCACCUGAAGGCGGCCAAGGCAAAGCUGCUGGGGAGUCUGGUGGACAAGGCCAGGCACCACAAGCGCGGUGUCCUCACCGCUGUGCCGCCAUUUAAGUUAGGAUACGAUAUUCCCCGGGUAUCUCACUCCGUCGUUAAGCCGUUGGUGGUGACCUACCCUCCGACGGCCGCCGUCGCCACAAUCAAGGUCCCGCUCACUAACCCGGUGGUGCCACGGUACCCGCUAUCCCUCGGUCACAGGGUGCCAGUUGCGCACCCUCAUUACGGCAUUAAAUUCCCUCAUUCGACAAAAUCUGUGGUAGUGUCGAAGCCGGACCAUCAUUUCCAUCAUCAUCACCAUCACGUGUCCCCGAGGCCAGUGGUGCCGGUGGUCCCGGUGGCUCCGGCUCCCGCCCCUGUACCGGUACCGGUCCCCGCUCCCGCCCCAGUUCCCGUUCCGGUUCCGGCGCCCGCCCCAUUGCCGGUGCCGGCUGCACUCCCGGCGGCGCCUUUCGUCCCGAUAGCCCAGCCCACCGCUACCAUAGGUCAUGCGGCGACACCGGUUCUAAUUCAUCCGGCGCCGGCUCUCCCCGUGCCGCCGGCGCCCGUUGCCCCACCACCAAUUCACAUACUUCCUCCUAAUCAUCUUCAUCUAAAACCUUUGCUUACCGCAGCUGCCCCGCAGCUGUCUCCCUCCCCCCUGUUUCAAUAUGCGCACCAAUUCCCAUACGUGUUACGGCAUGGCGGGGCGGUGCAGACUUCAGUGUUUGCCACCUACCCCAGGUAUCCUUUCUUUAAUUAUCAGUCUCCCCUCUUACCUUUAGCGCCAGCGGCGACGGGUGUUCAAGGUGUUGGGCAAGUAUUGUUAAAUAGACCCCAAGUUUUGCUAGAGAGACCUCAAGUUCUAUUGGAAAGACCUCAAGUUCCCCAGUUCCACUUGCUACCCCAGGGUGGCGUAGUACAACACUCCACAAAUGUCGCGGUUGCUCCGUCGCCCGCCUUACUGCAUCCCGCGCAACCGGCCCUGCCCGCCCCAGCCUUGCAGCUGCAGCCGGCCCUUCCUCAACCUGCAGUUCACCUGCAGCCCACUCAGCCGUCGACCACUUUAGACCACGAAGGCUGGUCGCCCGUUACUCCGCAGGCUCAUGACUUUAGUCCGACUCACACUCCGGAAGCGCAUUUUGCGCAACCCCAAACCCACCCCCAGUUUACACAGGAGCAGGGGACUCAAGUGUACGAGCAGCACACGGGUGACGGCCAGUACAGUGAUCUGCAUGACCAGUUGCAGCACCACAUCCAGCAGCAACUGGAACAGGCGCAGUACGGGCAGCAUCAGCUCCACCACCAGUACGCCUCGCCGCAGCCCGGACACGAGUACGGCGUGCCCAAUCGAGACUUCCCACAACAAAACACCGACUACUCGUAUCACGGCCAAGAGUACGCGCCCCACGAUCAGCAAUACAUCCCCAAUGACCAGCAAUAUAUUCACAACGACCAGCAAUUUCUCCAACACGGGCAGCAGUUUGGGCACAACGAUCAACAAUUUAUUCCGCAGGAUCAGCAAUAUGCUCAGCACUACCAACAGUUUGGCCAAAACGACCAACAAUUUGGACAACAUGACCAACAGUUCGGCCCGAACGAUCAACAGUUCGGCCAGAGCGAUCAACAAUUCGGGCAACACGACCAACAGUUCAGCCAGAACGACCAGCAAUUUACGCAACAUGAUCAACAAUAUGGUCAACACGAUCAGCAAUUCGCUCAACAUGACCAACAAUUCGGGCAACACGACCAGCAAUUCGCGCAACACGAUCAACAAUUCGCGCAACACGAUCAACAAUUCGCGCAACACGAUCAACAAUUCGCGCAACACGACCAACAGUUUACCCAGCAGGGCCACGAGUAUCAGGUGGGUCAGCAGCCGGCGGCAGAAUACGGGCUGCCGCAGCAGGGCUUGGAGGGCCGUGACGACGAGGGCCAGCAGCCCAGCCAGCAGUUCCAUAACCACAUUCCGCUCGGCCUGCAGCCCCCCAUCAACGAGCCCCUCGACCACUUCCGGUAGAGCCGCCUAAGCCGGCAUUGUUUGAUAUCAUGGCAAUGCGCUGGCCCUUGCUAGUUGUAUACCUGGCCAUUGCGAGUGUAAAACAUUUGCUGAAAGUGAUAAAAUGUCGACAAAAUAAUUGUUUGUGAAUGUGUGAGCGUUGAGAGUGUGCCACGUUUUGUAUAA